UUACAAGGAAGCAGUGAAGUUUAGUAAGAUACUGCCGCUGAAGAUGCUUAGCGCCAGGUCUGCCCGCGGUCACGCUCAGAAAAGGAAGCUAUAGUAAAAGUGCCCUUUCUCUGAUUCCUGUGAAUGAGGGCAAGUGAGUGGGGUCCGAAGGGAUGGGUACGUGUAAGCAUCUGUGUGUGUGUGUGUGUGUGUGUGUGUGUCCGGGUGUGCAGAGGGCCCAGCCUCCCACGGGGCACUCUGGGAAGAUCUGGGCAGACAGCCUCCCUGCAGGCGGGGUCUGGGUUGGAGCUGGCACCUCACUGAGCAGGGGUUGUAGGUCACGUCUUCUCUCUCACUGCAACAUGCUCCAGUCUUGGGGGCAUAGUGUGUCUGUGUUGCUUCCUGAAGAGCUCUAUUUGCAGAGAAAUGGGUGGACCGUCCUAGCCUGGAGACAACCAACUAGGUUCCCAGCCAGGGUGCAAGCAGCCCCAGGGAAGAAAAGCAGGGCCCCCAGCCCAUUCUGGCUGAUCGGGGCUUUCCUCUAUCCUGGAGGGCUGGCUGAAGGCAGCAGUUCCCCGCUCAUCUCCUGGGCCCUUGCACCGUGAUCCUGGGUUUUGAAAUCAGGUCAGUUCUGCCCUAAGCCCCCUCCCUUCUAUCCUCCCUCCUUGGACCACACGGUGUUUGUUUCACAACUGGACACUUCACGAAGUGAUGCAGGAAGUAGGCCCCUGGGAAGCAGAUACGGCCUCGCAAACCAGAUAACUGAGCGAAGCCUCUGGAUGCCUCUGGGGCCUGGGGCAGGGUCAGAGAUAAGUGGAAAUGCCAGGCUUAUCGCUGCUGCCUGAGUUCUAGAGAAAUCAGCCUGGCCGGCCAGCCCACCUCACUCCCAGCACUCUGGGCGGUUGGGCAACUCCAGGCAGAGUAAACACCGAGCUGGCACCGUGGCCGCAGCCGCAGGAUGAGGACUCUGUGCCCCACUCCGGCACUUCGCGGUCCCAGCGCCAGAGGCCAGCAGCGGGCGUCAGAUUACAUCCAGAUAUUUGCGAACAAAGAUCGAGUGGAAGAGAAAGGAGCAAAACCAAAGCAUGAGCUGAGCACCAGAGCUGUGCAAGCCGAGAUCAGGGGGCCCUGGGAAGAGAGCCAGAAGGCGAACCUGCCAGAGGGGACAGUGGAGAGGCUGACCCCCGUCAAUGCUUCAGAGAUAGGAUCUGACCUCCCCACCCAGGCGGAGGCCCCGCCACGGCAGGAAGAAGGAGUUCCUGGCCCAGCCCAAGUGCCCCCUGGCCUCCUGCCGCUGCCCACAGAGGUGGAAGCCAAAGCUCCUGGAGCCUCCGCUGAGAACCCUGGGACUGACCUGGAACUGUCUGCAGCAUCCAACAGGGUCAGUGAGGCCCCCACCAGCCAGGAGGCUUUACCCGGUACAGAACAAGGAUCGUCAUUCAACAGGCCUGACCCGCAGCCCUCAGAGGCAGGCAUGAGGCUGACUCCAGGGCUGCCCGUCCAAGCCAAGGCAGCUCACGGCAGUGGAGAAACGCCUCGGAGGAUCUCCAUCCACGUGCAGGAGACGGAUACCCCCGGGGAGCUGCUUGUGACCCGAGGGGGCAGCCUCAGACCCACGCCCCCCGUGGAGGCUCCAGCGGCUGCCCACCCAGGUGAGCAGGACCCACCUGGGCCCAUGCCCCAGACCCCACCUGGGUCCAUGCCCCAGACCCCUGCAACCAAGUCAGAAAAACAGAUCCCGAAAGGAGCCAGCAAGAUUUCCGCCCUGCGGAAACGGAGCACCCACGAGGGAGCAAAGGCAGAGGAGAAGCAGGGGCCUGGGGCCGAGUCCACCCCGGGACCAAGCGGGGCCAGGACGGACAACGGAGAUGAUGCUGGAGCCCCGGGGGAGCAGCAGGACAAAGGCGUGGGAGCAGGAAACCCUGAGCCCCGGCAGGACUGCACAGCCGGGGGUGUGGGCAGAGCUGAAGCAGGGAGGACACCCCUUGGAGCCGAGGCAGGCAGCGUGGUUCUGGAUGACAGCCCAGCCCCACCCGCCCCCUUCGAGCACCGGGUGGUGAGCGUCAAGGAGACCUCGACGUCGGCAGGGUACACAGUGUGCCAGCAUGACGUCCUGGGAGGGGGCCGGUUCGGCCAGGUGCACAGGUGCACGGAGAAGUCCACAGGCCUCUCGCUGGCAGCCAAGGUCAUCAAAGUGAAGAGCGCCAAGGACCGGGAGGAUGUGAAGAACGAGGUCAACAUCAUGAACCAGCUCAGCCAUGUGAACCUGAUCCAGCUCUAUGACGCCUUUGAGAGCAAGAACAGCUUUACCCUCGUCAUGGAGUAUGUGGAUGGGGGUGAACUCUUUGACCGGAUCACAGAGGAGAAGUACCAGCUGACCGAACUGGAUGUGAUCUUGUUCACCAAGCAGAUCUGUGAGGGUGUGCAUUACCUCCAUCAACACUACAUCCUGCACCUGGACCUCAAGCCGGAGAACAUACUGUGUGUCAAUCAGACAGGACAUCAGAUUAAGAUCAUUGACUUUGGGCUGGCCAGAAGGUACAAGCCUCGGGAGAAGCUGAAGGUGAACUUCGGCACUCCAGAGUUCCUGGCCCCGGAAGUUGUCAACUAUGAAUUCGUGUCCUUCCCUACGGACAUGUGGAGUGUGGGAGUCAUUACCUACAUGCUACUCAGUGGUUUGUCCCCAUUUCUAGGGGAAACAGAUGCAGAGACCAUGAAUUUCAUUGUGAACUGUAGCUGGGAUUUUGACGCCGACGCCUUUGAAGGGCUGUCGGAGGAGGCCAAGGACUUUAUUUCCCGCCUGCUCGUCAAAGAGAAGAGCUGCCGAAUGAGUGCCACGCAGUGCCUGAAACAUGAGUGGUUGAAUAAUUUGCCUGCCAAAGCUUCAAAAUCCAAAGUUCGUCUCAAAUCCCAAUUAUUGCUGCAGAAAUAUCUGGCUCAGAGGAAAUGGAAGAAACAUUUCUACGUGGUGACUGCUGCCAACAGGCUAAGGAAAUUUCCAACUUGUCCCUAAUUCUCAACUCUGCUGCUCCCAUGGGCCCAGAAGUUACUGAGACUGGUGAUGAAGUGAUGACUCAAGAUUUUUAAUAAUCCAGUCUUGUACCAACAUUGAUUCCACUUAUUUUGUAAAGAAAGGUUGUGGCUGUUGCCUUCCUUGUGGAUGAAAAGUGGCUGUAAGGAAAGCGACCUACAAACUUUUUUUCUGCCUUUUAAGAUCAUACUAAGUUGAAAUGCUGUGUUUACUUUUCAAGUAUACCUACUUUUGGUGAUAAGUGUAGGCAUGCUUUAGGUAGGUAGGAAAGCCUCUAUCUUGUGUAUGUCCAAUUUAAAGUCUAAACAUACUCUGAUUGAAGAACUUAGUAGACUAUUACACAGGGCACGUUAUUCAGUGUUAUUCCCUCCAGUACAAAGAAUUCUUAGAAUUUCGAUUUGCUCAAGUGGGAGCUGACAUUUUACGGUACUAUCCCGCUCUUAUGGAAAGCAAUGUGGAUUUAGGGCAAUGAUCCUCAAACUUGUUUUAACAUGUGCUCCCUUUUGAGAAUCAAACCAUGCAUCCUUUAAUAUUCUUUGAAACUUCAAAAUAUACCACCUAUCCUGGCUAAAUCAGAACAAUGAUUAUUUUGAAUGUGCUUUUUAAAUCUAUACACACCUCCACCCUUUCCUAAUUGGCCCUGUCCUGGCAUUGGUAGUUUCGUUCCUGACUUCCCUUCCUCACUGAUGACCUUACGGUCUAGUAAGUCUGGAACUGAUAUGCAAUAUGUAAAAGAGAGAUAAGAGUGUGAUGAUGUGCAGCUUUCUGAGAGAAACUCAAGUGGUACAUCGUGAGACCGUACACUGCUCUGCUGCUGCUUUAUGAAGGAUAUACCACUUCCAGUAUUGUCAUUUAACUUAUAAAAUGAUUAACAAGAAGUACUUUAUUAUUUGAAAGUAAAGAAUGCUUUUAAUGUCCUUGCUUCUAACCUGAUUUUUGUGCUAUCCCCAUGAACUUCUCGUGUCAGCAGUUUUAAUUACUUUUAGCUUCGUUUUUUGUUUUUUAAUUUUUGUUUUUAAUUAACCAUGCAACAAUUUCACAGCCUUUCAGGACUUUUCAAAUAGAGACCCCGCUUUUUUUGGCAGAGGACGUGGCUGUGGGGAAGGUGGCGAGGUGAAUCCUGCUGCUUCAAUUCUUAAGUUGUAACUUUUCUCCAGAAGGCUAACCCUCGUUGAGAGCUAAGAUUGUUCAGUGCCAGCAUAUCUAGGCCUGCUCCGAGCUGGCCAGCUAGUGGAUGAACAUCCGAAGAGAUAGCUGCUGAAAAUCUCCCUUUCAUGGGAGAGUGCAGUGAUUUGGUAAAAUGCCUUAUUUUAGAACAAGUUACUUCUCUGAAAAGGUUUUAUGAGGGCAGCCUCCAGGAGCCAGAGAGGUUACCUCAUAAUUCUGUCAGGUACUGUGAUUCUUACCUCCUGUGGGACUUCAGGCUCUUGGGGAUGCUAUGAAUCUUCUCCCCAGAAAAACGUAGUUAGCUACCUCGAUCUAGACUAGCACUGACAGAAAUAUUAUAUGCGCCACAUACAUAAUUAAAAUUUCUAAUAUCUUCUCUAAAAAAAAAACCUGGGGAGAUUAAUUUUAAUAAUUUAACACAGUAAGAUCAAAAACACUUCAAUUUGUAAUCGACAUAAAAAUUAUGAAUGAGAUAUUUUAUUUUUUCUUUUCACACAAAAUCUCCAAAAUCUGGUAUUUUACACUUAAAAUACAUUUCGAUGCAGAUACGAGGUUGUCAUCAGACAUGCUUAGUUUGUAUUUAGAUCUCAUGGAACUUACUAUAGAAAAAUAUACCCACAUACUCAUGUUGUUUGAAACACCUCAAUUGUUUUCUAAUAAUUAGGUAUCCAUUUUUACAUUUAACUUAAAUAAAAGCAGGAAUUCAGUCCUACAGUUGCAUUAGCCACAUUUUAAGUGCUUAAUAGCCACGCGUGCUUAGUGGCCUCUACACUGGACACGGCGGAUAGAGAGAGAAUCUUUACCUAUCAGAUUUUAUCCCCCCCCAUGCUGUUAUUCUUUACCUCGAGCUCCCUCAGGAGGGCUUUGUUUAGGUCAAGCCCACACAAGUGAGAGGUAAUGUGAUUUUAGCCUCCCUUACCUGAAAUUCAAGGGAACUUUUAAAGCUUUAAAUUUUUGGAUAUUUUCAGUUCUCCACUUCGCUGGUAUUUUUAGAUUGUAACUGUGCUGGUAUCAACUAUUUCUAAAGGGUUUUCCAUUUGAAUGAAUAGUCAUUGGAAACUGCUGGGCAGAGAAACUCUAAAAGGCAGUCAGGACCCACUUUUUUCACCUGUUAGAUUGGUGUGCUUGCAGGGAAAAUGGAAUUCUUCCACUUUCAAUGGGUAUUUAUCCAAAAAAAGUCACACCCGCACUUUCACCCAGCAAUUUCAUUUCUAGGAAUUUAUCCCUCAGCAGUACUUGAACAAGUGGAGAUUUAUGCAAAAUGUUUAGGUAACACUGUUGCUAAUGGCUGAAUGAAAACAACUUUUUUGUUUUCAUCUGCCUAUCAGUAUGAAUUUAGUUAAAUAAAUUUUGUCACAUCCAUAUAGGAAAACACCUUGUGGCUGUUAAACAUAGAUCUAGAUGCACUGACACCACCUUUCAUUACAGGAAAAGGACAACAUAUGUAUAGCAUCAUCCUAUUUGUGGAGAGACAUAUACACGCAUUAAAAUUUUCAAGGGUAUGCAAGAAACUUAGCAUUGGGGUGUGCAGUGUGGGUGAUGGGGAGAAGGGGGAAUUCCACUUUUCACUUUAUAACUUUCUGAUUAAUUUGACUUUUUUUUAUUUUUAUUUUUUUUACAAUGAGCAUGUAUUGCUUUUAUAAUCACAAAUUAGCAAUGCAAUGUCAAGUGUGGACCUUAUUUUGACCUUGAUUUGAGCAAACAAACAAUACAAGGAUAUUUUAGAGACAUCCAAGGAAAUAAAAUGCUAAAUUGCAUACUUAAUAAUACAUAGAAUUUCAGGGGUGCCUGGGUGGCGCAGUCAAUGAAGUGUCCGACUCUUGGUUUUGGCUCAGGUCAUGUCUCAGGGUCCUGGAAUCGAGCCCUGCG